UUAAAUAAAAACUUCCCAAUCGAUGAUAAAUCAAAAAUGAUCGACGAAAUCAAUAAAAGCUUUUCGGAAGCGAUGCAAAAAGUAUAUUUCACCGAAAAAAUAAUGCACGAAACCGAAGAAGAUUUAACACUUUACUGUAAAAGAGAAAUCGAAAAAUACAAGAAAGAAAAUGAAGCGUUAAAAAAAUCGCAUCAAAACGAAAUAAGUAACUUAUUAAAAGAAAUUGAGACGACUAAAAGCGAAUUGGAAUUAGUGAUGGGGGAAAAAUCGUUUUCUUUGCCGAAUUUAAAAGAGUCAAAAAAAUCUUGUUUCGAUUCGCGCUCCGAAAGCAAAUUAAAACGGUUAAAUCACGAUAAAUUAACGUUCAAAAACGAUAAAUUAGAGAAAAAAAUUUUAGAUUUGCAAGACGAAUUAAACGCCGAAAAAGAAUCUAAACGACUAAAACAAAUCGAAUUAAAAGAAAUCUUAUCUCAAAAUCGAAUUAAUUUAGAAAAUGUCACGUUAAAUACAAUUAAUUCCUUUUUAAUUCCUUCAAAUUUAUUAAAGAAAAACGAUGCGAUUUUAACCAAAAUUCAUUUAUCUGAAAUGUUGGAAAAUGAAGUUUUGAAAGUUAAGGAGCAAAUUGAGAUGACUUCGGGUGUUUUGGAUUAUUUGUGUUUGAAGAAAUCGGGGGAGAAGGAAAUUCGGGACGAAUCCUGUCAAACUGAAGUUGUUGAAAUGAAUUUGGCCCAAAAUAAAAGUGGGUUUGUUUUGAAUCCGGCGACUUUUGUGCCGAAAUGUUAUGAUCCGGUGGAGAGUCUUCAGUUUGCUUGUUCUGGGGAUGCUGGGAGAUCGAGGGAUCUUGGGGUGAUGUUUACGAGGUCGCAAGAAAAUGAGGAUUAUUACGGAUUACAAAACGACUCCCGGGAGGAGACCGUUUUCGCCACGUUAAACGAAGAAUUAUUACAAAACUUUGGUCUUAUAAACUACAAUUUAACGAGUUUCCAGGAAAUCCCCGACUCGGAACUCGAAGAAACAUUCAAGAAAAUAUCUUCCGCUUACACCGCGGACCAACAAUCGAUUUCAACGCGCCUUCAAAAACAAACGGAGAAGACCGCGAACAAAAAGAGAAAAUAUUUGGAAGAAAUUUCGAUCUGCAAGAAGAUCCUCCAGGACGAAUUCCUGAAUUCAAACGGAUUAGAAAACGUUACGGCACGUUUGGAUUCGACAGGAAAAUCCUGCGAGGAUCUCACCGCUUCGGCAGAGCUAUUAGGGUCUUUGAAGAAAGAGAAGGAGAUGAUGGGGUGUUUGGGGGUGAUGAUUGUGUAUUUGGAACGAUCUCGAAUUGUAUUAAAAAAUGUGGAGAACCAAUUGCGGUCCAUCGAGUCCCUUUGGAUCAAAGACGAGAAGAGACAAUUCCAAGCGGUGAGCUUCAAACCCCUCAAUCUAGAGCCAAUUAAUAAAUGUUUGAGUUUGGAACGAUCGGGGGUUAAUGAAACUCAUAUAUCACCGAGGCCUAUAUCUAAAAUGAUUAAGACGGUGACUUACUCGUUUAUUACUUGGAUGAUUUUUAUGGGAAUUAGUUGCUUGAUGGUGGUUUUUCUCUUCGAGGAUGAUUACAAUUACUUGUCGUGGGGGUUUAACACUUUCGAGCAUCCGUGGAUGCCGUUUGUUAAGAAACAAUAUUUAAGGGGACCACCCCCGACUUAAUCACGAUUUGUUUUUUUUUUUAAGUUUUUUUUGCGUCCUCUCUAUAUUUAAACGAAUAAGAUGUUUAAGUUUUGGACGUAUCUAUAUAUUUUUUUUAAAUUAAAAAAUAAUAACAAAAAAAAGAACAUCUGGGUCGAUAUAAAACACAUAAAUGUUAUUAAAAUGAAUCAAAUUAGUUCGUUAAAAAUUAACGCGGCUAAAGUAAUUAAUUUAAGUCUUAAAAAUAGAGUUGAUGUGCUCAAACUAGAUGGAUUUAUCCCAUGGGAGUUGAUCAAAAUCCUUUAGGAAACGUGGUUAAACGACAAUUUCAACGCAUUAAAGAGUUAUCACCCCGAAAUUCAGGAAUUAUCGUAUUUUGAACCGAAACGUUUUGAUGACCCUUUCACGAAAACUUCAUUAAUUGAAAUAUUUUGCAGAAAUUGGAUAUUUAAUAAUGACGAAAUCGAUAUAUUAUGUGUUUGGAAAUUUUGUUAUAAAGGAUGGUUACAAGAAGAAAUUUGUAUUGAUUGUUUAAAUGGGUAUAAUAAUUUUAUUCGGAUAAAUAAUGAUUUUUUGAGUGCGAAAGGUUUUAAAAGGAUCUUUAAGAGGCGAAUUAUGGACCAUGAUGACGUUGAUUUUGAAAGUUUUUCUGCUUUAAUAAAAAAUCAACGCAAUUGGUGCUCCUUUUGCUUAAAGAGGGCGAAUUUUCGAUUGAUACCGAGAAGAUUGUGUUGUCACCGUAUUCAUGAAUUAAUUGGGGAGGAAUAUUGGCAAGAAGGAUUGCGGAUUUUUUAUGAGGGAGAUUAAUAAUUAUAAUUUAUAAAUUACUAAUUAAUUGUUUUAAAUUAAAACAUUUUCUAGCCAGAAUUGACUUGUUUUUGUAAAAACGAUAUGCAGAGGAAUGACGAGAUAAGCAGAGGAAUGAUUUUUUUAUUUGAUACGGCAAAAUAAUACAAUAUUAGGCAUAAUAUGCAUGUUAAAACCAAAACAGUGAAUAGGGAAAACUAAAAUACAAACUUGCUUAA